GGGUGAAGUCGGCACCACCUCGCUCUCAGCACGGCUAACACCACCACGACCCCCAGCCAACAACAACCUCCUCCGAUGUCUAUGGAUAGUGGUGGUGGUGGUGGGGGUUCGAUAGGAACCGGUUACGGGGGCGGAGGGGAGGUGUUGACCGUUCGCCGGUGGGAACCGAUGCCUCCGCCCCCAACUGGUGAUCAAUCCAUGGCAAUGGAUAAUAAAGAACAGUUGCGGUACUCUUCCAUUCCGCAGAUCUCGAUGACGUCGGGUCUUUUACAAUCCGCCUCGCAAGUGCCGCCGAUGAAUCAACCGCCCCCGCCUCCCCCACCGCCGCCGCCUUUGCCAUUGCAGUUACAACGGCCUUAUUCAAGGUCUAUGUCUUCACUGCCGCCUGAACCUUUUAUGAUAAUGAGAUCGAAAGCACUGAAUAAGAGGGUUGUGAUCAAUGUCGGUGGAGUCAAACACGAAGUUCUUUGGAGGACCUUGGAUCGCUUACCGCACACCAGGUUAGGCCGCCUUCGUGACUGCAACACCCACGAAUCUCUCAGCGAACUCUGCGACGACUAUUCCCUCAUAGACAACGAAUAUUUCUUCGAUCGCCACCCUAAAUCCUUUAGCUCUAUCCUCAACUUCUACCGCACCGGAAAGCUACAUCUCGUCGACGAAAUGUGCGUUUUAGCUUUCAGCGAUGAUCUCGAGUAUUGGGGAGUGGACGAACUCUAUUUAGAGUCGUGUUGUCAACACAAAUAUCAUCAACGAAAAGAGCACGUCCACGAGGAAAUGAGAAAGGAAGCGGAAUCCUUGAGGCAACGGGACGAGGAGGAAUUCGGCGAGGAUAAAUGUUCGCAAUAUCAGAAGUGGUUGUGGGAUAUGUUGGAAAAACCUACUACGUCCAUUGCAGCAAGGGUUAUAGCCAUCGUUUCCAUCCUAUUCAUAGUACUAUCAACAAUAGCUCUCACCCUCAACACAAUACCUAGUAUGCAAGUAAACGAUGAGAAGGGUAACUUCCAAGACAACCCUCAGCUAGCAAUGGUAGAAGCCGUGUGCAUAACCUGGUUUUCACUAGAAUACAUCUUAAGAUUUAGUGCUUCGCCUAAUAAAUGGAAGUUUUUUAAAGGCGGACUUAACAUAAUCGAUUUACUAGCCAUCCUUCCUUAUUUUGUAUCCCUUUUCCUACUAGAAACUAAUAAAAACGCCACGGAUCAAUUCCAAGAUGUGCGGCGAGUAGUACAAGUCUUUAGAAUUAUGCGUAUCUUGCGUAUCUUAAAGUUAGCUAGACAUUCCACUGGGCUCCAGUCCUUGGGCUUUACCCUGAGGAACUCCUACAAGGAGCUCGGCUUGCUCAUGCUGUUUUUGGCUAUGGGGGUGCUCAUAUUUUCUAGCCUUUGCUACUUCGCUGAGAAAGAAGAGCCUGGUACUAAGUUCAUAAGCAUUCCAGAGACGUUCUGGUGGGCAGGGAUUACCAUGACAACGGUUGGUUACGGUGACAUUUACCCAACGACACCCCUUGGGAAAGUUAUAGGAAGCGUAUGUUGUAUUUGCGGGGUAUUGGUGAUUGCGUUGCCCAUUCCUAUCAUUGUUAAUAAUUUUGCCGAGUUCUAUAAGAAUCAAAUGAGAAGAGAGAAGGCCCUUAAGAGGAGAGAAGCCUUGGAACGAGCCAAGAGAGAGGGAAGCAUAGUGUCCUUUCAUCAUAUCAAUCUUAGAGACGCUUUCGCUAAAAGUAUGGAUCUCAUAGACGUAAUUGUAGAUACAGGCCACAAUAUGUCUCACGCUGACGGCAACAGCACGGAAGGCGAAUCGUUGGCAGGAAGUCGCAACCAGGGCCAGACCGGUACUGGAUGCUACAGAAAUUUCGAGCACUUUCCAAAUCGACAUCGGCGCAGCAAUUCUUCCACUCUGCCUUGUCUUCCAAGCAACGAAGGGCCGCCUAUGCCAGGGUCCCCUUCUUCCCAGAGGAGGAUCGGGAUGAUGAUGGAUGAUCCCUACCAACAUACUGGUCCAAGUGUCGCACCGCUAGCCCAAGACGAAACGCAGCUGAUCCCUAGUACUCCCAAGGAGUGUAUAUCGCCGUCGGCCGAGAGUAAAAAAUCUGAUACGCUGAAGAAGACUGAAAAAAUCGCUGACAAAAUAGAAGAAAUUCCUAGCGAAUUCGAGUGUUGUUUCUGUACGUCAAAGGAUUUUAAGGAAUUUGUCGACGCCGAAAACUUAAUGCCAUUAACCACAAGCGACUUCCGAAAUCCAGUCUGCCUCGAAAUGAGACUUAUCAGAGAAUCCGAACAACAUAUGAACCUUUUCGGCUUUCCCGAAUUAGAUGUCGAGAAGAAGAACAAUGUAAAUAGCGUCGACCUCAACAGUAUGGACAGUUCCGACACGUUCGCCAGCUGUACUACGCACCCGUUCAAUUCGCAAGGGGAUCUAACGUCCGAUAUAGUAGAUUCCAAUAUUAUCGACAGCAACCUAUACGUCAAUCCACUCGACAAGAGCGGAGACAACAGUCCAGUGAUAUCGACUGGGAUUAUUCGGGGUGGUGGGGUCAAGAAAUCUGCUUCGGGAGAUACGGCGUUGAGGAGUUUGGGAACGUCGCCAAUGGAUGAGGGCUUCAAGGGAUUUGGGCUGUUGGAGAGAGGAAGCAGGGUUAGUCUGAACGAUUCGCCGCAUACGAAAAAUAGAAAAACAAGGUUUCAGGGUCGUCCGCGCACACGAUUUGGAGAGCGAGGAGACUAUUUGGAUAAUGAAUCUCAAGAAAGUUUAGAAAAGAAGAAGAGGCCGUCUUUCAUGUCUUCUAGAGGUUUAGCUUCAGCGACUCGCAUUAUUAAUCAACAUUUAUUUGGCCUUCAAAAUUUAACUAAAUCAGGAAAGAAUAGCGGAAGCAAAUCGUCGCUCUCGGUAGAUUCCAUUGACAGCCGAACGAGCCCGCAACUAGAGCUACACCGUCGUUCAAAAUCGAUUUUGAAGAAAUCAGACAGUAGCAGUAACAGAAAUGCCGAUCCAGAAAGCGAACGACUCAUUUCUGAUAACAUGUCAGGAUCAGACGUGGGUUUUGGCAGCGACUACAGUCCGAACAAAAGACUAUCAUCACCUCCCGCAUCCCGAAGAACAUCCAGUCAAAAGUCGACGUCGAAAAACCUGUCAACGUAUCAGCAAGAACUGGAAAGGACGCGGUUACUCAAAUCGCAACUAUUUCUACUAGACGAUAUUUUAAAAGAAAAACAGUCGUGUAACGAUAUGCCGAUGAUGGAUUCAAAUAAAUUAAAAGUUUGUGGUGAUAAUGUCAGUGAAGUGCCCCUGUAUAUCUGUCCGCCACCUCCUCCCCUGGAUAAUUCGCCGACCGAAGAGACCAGGUUACUUUUCUGUACUACGAUGACACCUUCCUCGCCGAGACAAACAAACAAUUCCAUAUCUAAGGGACAUAAUCCGUCCUCGUAGCAGUUAGAGAAACUUGGAUCAUCUUUCAACAGUCACGUAGAAUAUCACGCAUUCAGUCAACUACACAUUUUACCUAUAUAAAAAGAUACUGCAACAAAGUGUAAAAUUUUUCGAAAUUUAAGACAAUUGGUGCAUUUAAGUGCUUUGUUAUUUUUUAAAAAUGUUUUUGAGCGUUCGUUAAAAAUAUUGUCAUUAGUUAGUUUUUGCAACAAUGUUAUAUUCUAAAGCUACCUACACACAUUAUGAACGAAUUUUUAAAUACAAAAUAUAAAAAAAUGGGCUUGCACAAGAUAUUUACUAGAGUGGUUUUUUCAUUCUAUCUAUUCUAAAUUACAAAUACUAUUAAGUAUGUAAUUAUGAAAGAAAAAAAAAACAUCUGUGAUCGAUCUUAUAUCAAAAUCGUAUCAAAAAGCGUAAUAAAGUUAUUUAAAAGUGUAAGUACUAUCUAGUAAGACGGAAAUAGAACACAACAAAUCUUCUAUGGUAUUAUUUUGAAAGUUUUAUAAGGCUUUCUUCAGCAAGCAAGCGCAGAUUAGAAAUUUGUAGAAAAAAUUGGAAGUUCCAGACUCAAAACGCAGCGUCAAGCUAAUAUGAUGGUGAAAAUAAUAUGACGCAAUUCAUUUACCAUAUAUUAAUUAGCAUUACAUUUAAAACCAUUCCAAAAAAUCAUUCUUCUUCUUUAUGUGCCUUAUCCGUUCCGCUGACGUUGGCAAUCAUUAUUGGCGAUAUUGACAAUGCUCUAUUACUGAACAGAAUUAAUCUUUGUUCUUUUGUAUUUUUUAGUCGCCUUUUCAGAGAAAGUCUUUUCGUCUUUUUCAUGAUCACAGAAUACUGCACAAACAGGCAAAAAAUUACAGUAAAUCUUUAAUAAUGUAGCCUUUAAACACCUCGUGUAUUACUUCACUGAAAUUCCAAAGUUUGACGUUGAUGAGCAGAUCCAAGCAUGAAAUUACAUUAAGGCUUCUGUCCCUGUGGCGGAGUAAUAAGAGCAUUUACCUACUGAGUGUUAACACCUGGAGGUGCAGUUUCAACUUCUGCCAGGGGUGGAACUUUUUAUAAAACAAUGAAGACUCGUCUUUAUUGGAUCGAUAAUCGCCCGGGGUACCACAGUUGUUUAAAUAUAAUAAAGGGUUUUUUGUAAAGACAUUGAAGCCGACUUUACUUAGUAACAAUAUAUUUACUCAGCAUGUCUAGUGCGCACUACAAAUUAACCUUAUAUAUCGUAUGUGGCUGGCUAUAUGAACGAUGGUACAGACCUGUAUUAUUUUGUACGGCUGUUAAACAUCGAUUAUAAUCAGACAAGAUGAAAUUACCUUUAAAGCAUAAAUAAGUAAGAUCCUAAAAAGAAUUUAAGGAGCAAUCAGAGAGAAGGUAUAGUGGAGUAUAAGCACAAUGUGCUGUGUAAUGUGAAAGUCCAAUGUUAUGGCUGAAUCUUGAACAAAAUUACCAAUGACCUGGUAGGCUCAAAGAAAGGCCACUAAAUGCAUGGAUAGAUGAUGCAGAAAAUGACCUAUAGUUGCAAAAACCUAUGUACAAACGACCUAUAGUUGGUUUCAGGUGGUGGUAGUAUUAGGAUUGGAAGAGGAUAGCAUAGGAUGACUGAGCUGUAUAACUCAAAGAACGGGGCCAUAGCUCUUUAGGUUAUGGUUAAAUCAUCGUUUUAGUUUCUGAAGUAAAACUUCGUAACACUUUUUCACUAUCAUCAUUAUCAUCAUCAUUUAUGACCACUGACAGCCCAUGGAGAGCCAUGGUCGCUCGUUGGGGUUUUUAGGCUCUAAAGUUUUACAUGGUGUGGAAGCCAGUCUCCACAUAUCUCCUCAAAAAGACUAGCAUGUUAUAUCUAAAAUUGUUACUUUCUAGUUUGUCUUCUUUGCGGAUGUCAUUUCAGUGUCAUAUAUACUUUGUUUCCUUGACUACAGUUGACCAUGUUUUUUUCUUUGCUUGUUUUUCCUAUUUUCGUAUUCCUAGUUCUUUUAAAUCCUGGUUAAAACCAUCAAUCCAUUUCUUUCUAGGCCCAUCCCUCGGUCCCUUCUCGUUUUCCCGUUUAAUUUUUUUCUAGGUACUCUUUUUGUAUUUUUCUUAUCAUCCAUCCAUCAUCCGUUUUACGUGUCCGAACCAACUCAGUCGUUUGCAUUGUACUUCUUUUAUGAUAGGCGAUCUAUUAAAUAUUCUAGUUAUUUCAUGGUUUAUUCUUAUACGCCUUUCCCCAUUCUCCUUUAUAGCUCCUCUCUCUAUAUAUUUUCCUUAAAAUUUUGCUUUCCCCUCUAAGAAGUUGUUCCUCUUGUUCACUAGUCAAAGUCCAUGUUUUUGAUGCAUACGUUACUACGGGUCUCUGUUGUAUAUAUUUGUUUUGUUUAAUUAGUAUAUAAUAGAUAUUAAAUUUGACUUUAUAAUAUUCUGUAGACUGUAGAAACAUUUGUUUCCAAGUGAAAUUGUCGCUGUUCCCUCAUCACUGUUUUUAUCUCAUUGUGUGAAAAGUUAUGUGAGUGCUUUUCAUUUAUACUUAUUCCCGAGUUGUUCUGAUGUACUUUGUCUUUGAAACAUUAUCUUCUAGACCCAUAGUAUGUAUCGCUUUUUUAAAAUAUGCAUAAACCUUUUGUAAGUAUUUUAAUGUCCAGCUAAUUAUAUUUUUAUCAUCUUCUUAAGCUAUGAGUUGGUUCAUCUUUGUUAAUAUUAUACCGUUUCUAUCUGCAGGGGUUUUCCUGAUAGCUUGUUCCAACGCAAGGUUAAAAAGUAUUGUAGAUAACGCAUCUCCUUGUGUUAGACAUUCGUUGAUAUUAAAUUUAUCGUACAGUUGAAUUUGGAUUCUUACUUUUGCUUUGGUGUUGGUUACUUUUGACUAAUAGUCAUGCGCUUGUUUGAAAUCUACAAAAAGAUGUUGUAGUUCGGUAAUCCGUUCUUAGAAUUUUUCCUGCGUUUGCCUUAUUGUAAAUGUAUAGUCUAUUAUUGUAAAUAUGUGGUUAAUUUUUAAUUCGUUACAAAAUUUAAAAAUUGGUUUUUAAAGUUAUCAAUAGAAUUUUUUCGCCCGUAUGCAGUAGACUUUAUGGCACAUCUUUUCUCCAACACAGUCAGUCGACAAACACCGUGAAACUCUUCCGGUAACCUUUAGAUAUAAUUUGGUUUCCAUCAGGUAGCUCUUUGAGUGGAGGUCUUUUUAGAAUAAUUAUGGUUGGCAUGGACAAACCUUAUUCAUUUUCGGUUUUAAAGGCUCGUGGUGAACUUUAACAGUAAAAUUCCAGUUUAAAGUUUUCGUGAGAAUGACUUACGCUCUAUUGUGCCGAAUAUCAUUAUGAAGAUCAAGACC